UCACCGCACCAUGCUUAUCGACGAAAUCCCAGCGUGACCUCAGCUGCCGACCGCUUCACCUCAUCGCACCACACCCCAUCACUAUCGCAGCUGUUGCGGCGGCGGAACCUCAACUCCAGCGCCAUCACCAUAACGCUUCACCAGCUCCUCCUACACGCCUGAGCCUCUUCAGAAGCAAAUCUCUCGCUCCAACCUUUCACAAAUCGCUACCAAUACGUGCAGCGAGAAGAUUCAAGACGCAAAGCAAAAUGCCGAAUUACACCAUCACCUACAGCGCUCCGACCGUUACUUAUACCCCGCCGCCCGCUGCACCGUCGACAUCGAGGACAGACAGCCCGCUCCUCCUCCUCCGCAACGAAAUGCACCUCCUCACGUUCCCAAUCAGUACAGCCACGGCUAAUGCUACCGUCACCACCACUGCCACCGAAACUGACACGACGCCCUUCCCGAGCCUCACCUCAACGCCCUCUAGCGUCCUCGCAUGCCUAUUCACAUACAUCGCCGAUCUUGAGCUCGAGUGCGCCAUCGUGAUCGACGAAGCAUCUCAACUGAGGAUCCAGGCUGAGCUUGUGGAGGUGCGACGCCAGGUGGAGAUGAUUCGAAAGGCUAGGCAAAUCUAGGCUUAAACACUGAGCAAAAGGUAGAAUACGCGAGAUAUCCAGGCGAGCCAACAAAUCUGCACGUCGAACAUGGCUCUCGGUGAACUUGGCAGGAUAGUUUCAGUGCUACACUCAGUCUCGGACAAUGGGCUUUUAGCUGUACACAGAAUAAGAGAAUAGCCAAAUGAUAGCACAGCU